UUAAUUAUGAUUCGUUUUCUCUCAAUCGCUUAAUGUUUUGAAUGCCAUCACUUUUCGUAUUUGGACGACGUUAGAAGCAUUUUCAAUUCGUUCAAAUGAGUAACCGAGUGCGAAUCUUAUUAGUAUCCACCACAGAGAAGAAACACUCAGGAGAGGUUCAAGGGACAAAGCAGCAUUGGUACAAUGGUUUGUAUCAUCAAGCCUCUGUGUAUGGUGUAGCCACAGGUUAUUGCAUCUCAGCUUCACUUCUCUCAAUCAUCAACAAAUGGGCAAUCAUGAGAUUCCCUUACCCUGGUGCGUUAACCGCUCUUCAGUACUUCACAAGCACACUUGGUGUCUUACUCUGUGGCCAGUUAAAGCUCAUCGACCACGAUCCUCUCAAUAUCUUGACCAUGUGGAGGUUUCUUCCCGCAGCGAUCAUGUUCUACCUCUCACUCUUCACCAACAGUGAGCUUCUCCUUCACUCUAACGUCGACACUUUUAUCGUUUUCCGCUCAGCCGUUCCCGUUUUUGUCGCCGUUGGAGAGACCCUUUUCUUGAAACAGCCUUGGCCAUCUCUUAAGACAUGGAUCUCUCUUGCUACCAUUCUUGGAGGAAGCUUGCUCUAUGUGCUCACUGAUUACCAGUUUACAGUCACUGCUUAUAGCUGGGCCAUUGCGUAUCUUGUGAGCAUGUCUAUAGAUCUUGUCUACAUUAAGCACGUGGUUACGACCAUCGGGUUAAACACUUGGGGUCUUGUGCUUUACAAUAACUUCGAGGCUCUUCUCUUGUUCCCACUUGAGCUGCUCGUAAUGGGAGAGCUGCAGAAACUGAGGCAUGAGAUCAGUGAUAAGCCUGACUGGUGCAGUUUCUCGGUGGUUUUGCCGGUGGGUUUAUCUUGUUUUUUCGGUUUGGCUAUCUCUUUCUUCGGUUUUUCGUGUCGCCGGGGAAUAUCAGCUACCGGGUUUACGGUUCUUGGUGUUGUGAACAAACUGUUAACAGUUGUGAUCAAUCUGGUUAUAUGGGAUAAACACUCAACUUUCAUUGGAACUUUGGGACUCUUGAUCUGUAUGUUUGGUGGAGUCAUGUAUCAGCAGUCCACGAGCAAGAAACUGAAAGGUCUACAAGAAGAUAAUCCGCAAGAACAAGAUGAUGAACAAAAGAAACUACAAUACAACGAGGAAGCUCAUAAUAAACUAUGAUCGUACACGAAGCGACGUAGAGACAUAUACAUGCUUUGCAAAGAUGCCAAUAAACAACAAAAUUAGGAAACAAGAAAUCGUAGCACUAUUUCAAACCUAAGACCAAAAGCAUAUCAAGUUAUUUAAUGUACAUGCAAAUAAAAGCAAGAAGUUAUUGAUGCGAUUUUAGCUAGACACCCAAUGAUAGUCAGUGGUAGUAAUGUAGUCACAUAAGUAUCUCCUUUUGAAAUAUACUCGAAGAUGCAAUUAAUCAAUGCCAUUGUUAUGUAAAA